UAAAAAACAGCUAAUCUAUUUUAAAAAAUGCAUUCCGUGUUCAGCAGUUGGGAUUAGAAUGUUGGAUAACACCUGGCAUGUGAUGUCACAAAGAGACUGCUGAUGACAUCACAGACUUUGGAAGGGAUCUGAGCAUAAACCCACCCAGUGUUCUUAUCUGUUCCCGACCUUCAUCGAGACAGAUCCCUUUGGAGAAGCACGUUCGAACCUUAGCGAAACCAGCCAGACAUCGUUCUCAGAUAUCACACGUCUUUUAGGUCGAUAUUCUGAUUGAUAGAAAGUUAGCCAUGGAGCAAAAACAGUUUGUUUGUGGAAAUGAAACCUCUCCAGCUAAACUUUCAUGGGAAGACAUGAUUGACCUCCCCAUCCAGGUCGACUAUGAGGCCAUUAUUUUCCCAACUGAAGAUGACAGCUCUGUCACCAGCGAGCUGCAUCUCAGCAAAGCAGAAGAUGGUCCAGAGAUCCGAGGGGAAGCGGUUUCUUCUGCUUCCAUUGAGGCUCCCCCCUUAGCGGAGGUUCAGCUGAAAUCAUCCAUCGCUGCUGACUCUACGUCUCUAAACUCAGACGAGGUCCAGCAAGCAUGUCAGCCAUCUCUGAGGUUAGAAGAACCAAAGACUCGCCCCAGUGCAGGUCUUUCUUCUGAGACGCCGUACUCACACCAUCAUGAUAAAAACAGGAGAAAGCCAUGGCACACCGGGACCAACAGAAAAACUGAUGUUGACCGCCCCAAGUUCUAUCAAAGCAACAGGAUGCCACGCCAUGCGUCAGCGGUUACCAUGAUCCCUCGCUCGAUGUGCAUCGAAGAGGCUAUCAAACAUAUCAACGAUCUCACUCAGCAGGUUACUGCUCUAAAACAAGAGCUGCACGAGAGAACAUGUGAUCUGCAUGAGGAGAGAGAACAAAGAAUCCAGUUUCAGGUUGACUGCAAAACUCAGAUGAAACAAAUCGCAGAACUGGAGAAAAGUUUAGAAAGUGAACGUCGCAUGAGACUCAAAAGUGAAGAGAAAGAGAAGAAGCAGGAAACAUUCACUGUAACCCAGCCUACACGUGCGUCAAAGUUACCACGCAUUCCCACAGUUACAGUGUGCGUCAGUGUCGUGCAUGAGCUCGCCUUCCUGAAGAGGCAGGCUGAGAAAAACGCCAGUAGAGAAGGGAGGCUGGCAGAGGCUUUUGUAGAAGAACGAGAGCUGAGGCUCAAAUAUGAGGAACAGCUGAAGAAUAAAACUGAAAAUGACUCCAGACUCAAGGAACAGGAGGAACUGAUCAAAUCUCUGAAGAGUCAAGUCUCACAAUUGACAGCAGAGUUGAAACUUCCUUUGAAAAAAGAACAUCAUGAAGCUUCCUCACAAACAGAGGAGUCCAUGAAAACUGAAGCUUCCAGUCAAAAAGAGGCCCCCAUGCAAAACAGGCCCCAAAGAAACAGAUGUGGUUCCACAGUUAGAGGCCCCCACCAUGAAAACAGGAGACAGAAUCCAAACGGAGGCUUCAACCCAAACCCAAGCGUCUACAUAAAUGCUGGCCAUCAUCUGCAUACAAGCCGCCAUCGAGACGCAGGGCUGUACAUGAACCAAGGCCCCCCCACACAUGGAAACCACCAUCCAACCAGAGGCCUGCAGGCAAACAGAAGAUUUCCUCCCUACAGAGGCUAUUAA